AGCUGUCAUGACGCGUAUCAGCGCCAUCAUCUUAAGUUAGUCAGCUUGUCCUAAAAGAACCACACCGGAGACCCCACCGGUAUUUUGUUACGUGAACAGGUGAGGAAGUCGUGAACAUUUAUCUCAAAGCUCAACUACGUAUUUGUCUUUUUGUAGAGGCUGAGAUGCGGUGUCGGUUGUCGGCUGUUUGUAAAAUAUUCUGGAGAGUCGCAAAGAUGAUUAGGGCUAAUGGAAUUAUCAAGUUGACAGUGUUGGUCAUUGCAUUCCUACUGGCUGUCUUCCUGGCUUUUCAGCUAUUCGAGAUUAAUAUGGAUUUUAAACUGGCUAAUGUGAUUUCAAGAUCUGUGCCAGCAGGUGUCCUUUCAACGAAGCCUGUCAGGCAUAAAUGUGGGCUGUCCAAGGCAUGUUCAGCUGGACAUUUUGCCUUCAAGAUGGCAAGUGGUGCAGCCAGUGUGGUCGGGCCCAGAAUCUGCCUGGAGGACAAAGUAGUAAUGAGCGGCGUGAAGAACAACGUGGGAAGAGGAAUCAACAUCGCCCUGGUUAAUGGGAGGACAGGGGAAGUUGUCAAAACAGAAUAUUUUGAUAUGUGGGCUGGAGACGUGGCUCCCUUGAUUAAAUUCCUGAAUGAAAUUGAAGAUGGGACCGUUGUGAUGAUGGCCUCAUUUGAUGAUUCCGCAACAAAACUUAAUGAUGAAGCCAGGAAGUUAAUUGCUGAUCUUGGCAGCUCAGCUAUUAAUAAUCUGGGCUUUCGAGAUAACUGGAUCUUUGUGGGAGGGAAAGGCAUCAAGACCAAGAGUCCAUUUGAGCAGCAUAUAAAGAACAGCGCAGAAACAAACAAAUUUGAAGGCUGGCCUGAAGUGUUGGAGAUGGAAGGCUGCAUACCGCAGAGGCAGGACUGACCUUUAAGGCGCUGCCCACCUUUGCGUUCACUCUUGUCUACCCAUGUGUUCUCACCUGUGCUGAUGUUCCUAUCUUGAUGAGACUUUACAGUCGUUGCACUUUUUGUGCUCAGUAAGGCCAUUGUACACCUCUUACACAGAAGCCUUUUAUCUGAAUUUGUCCACCACAACAAUCUCACUAAAGAAGACAUUAGCAGGAAGAAGGAGCUGCUGUGAUGAUGCUUCAAUCAGAGCAGGAAGCAAUGUGGGAAAGGAAACUUGGACCCUAUUACACUUCUCCUUCUGUUUGGAUGCUAUUAAAUAGAUGCUAAAUCUGGUUUAUGAGUAAACUGCACUGAUCAAAAGGCUUUAAUGAUUUGCUCUCAAUCAAACUUUCUAUCUUUAGAUUCUCUUGGGACUUGGUUGUGAUAGUGUUGCAUAAUGGCAAUGGUGACCAAAAAGGACGUAGUAGAUCAAAUUUUUGGGGGAGGGGUGGCUAAUUUUUUGAUAACCUGUACCCUGCCUUAAAUAACCAUUUUUAGAUCUGUUUGUUUGUUUGUUUGUUCCAUAUGUUUGCUGUUAGAA